UCCCUCUUCUAAAGUCCCCCGUCACCCACCAGGACUCAGAUUCUCCACAGAACACUGAGGAUGGGAUCAUGGCUCCCCGAACCCUCCUCCUGCUGCUCUCGGGGGCCCUGGCCCUGACCCAGACCUGGGCGAGCUCCCACACCCUGUGGUAUUUCACCGCCACCAUGUCCCGGCCCGGCCGCGGGGAGCCCCGCUUCAUCGCCGUGGGCUACGUGGACGACACGCAGUUCGGGUGGUUCGACAGCGACGCCGCGAUUCAGAGAGGGGAGCCGCGGGCGCCCUGGGCGGAGCAGGAGGGUUUGGAGUUUUGGGAGGAGCACGCGCAGGGAGCCAAGGCCAAAGCAAAGACUGACCAAGUGAACCUGCGGAUCCUGAGCGGCUACUACAACCAGAGCGAGGCCGAGCCUCACACUAUCCAGGAUUUGUAUGGCUGCGAAAUGGGGCCGGACGGGCGCCUCCUCCGCGGGUAUUACAAGUCAGCCUACGAUGGCAAGGAUCACAUCGCCCUGAACGAGGACCUGCGCUCCUGGACUGCCGCGGACACGAUGGCCCAGAUCACCAAGCGCAAGUUGGAGGCGGCCCAUGAGGCGGAGAGUUUGAGAGCCUACCUGGAGGGCGCGUGCCUGGAGUGGCUCCGCAGACACCUGAAGAACGGGAAGGAGGCGCUGCAGCGCGCGGAUCCCCCAAAGACACACGUGACCCACCACCCCGUCUCUGACCAUGAGGCCACCCUGAGGUGCUGGGCCCUGGGCUUCUACCCUGCGGAGAUCACACUGACCUGGCAGCGGGAUGGGGAGGACCAAACUCAGGACACCGAGCUUGUGGAGACCAGGCCAGCAGGAGAUGGAACCUUCCAGAAGUGGGCAGCUGUGGUGGUGCCUUCUGGAGAAGAGCAGAGAUACACGUGCCAUGUGCAGCACGAGGGGCUGCUGGAGCCCCUCACCCUGACAUGGGAGCCACCUUCCCAGCGCACCACCCGCAUUGUGGGCAUCGUUGCUGGCCUGGCUGUCCUAGGAGCUGUGGUCACUGGAGCUGUGGUUGCUGCUGUAAUACGGAGGAGGAAGAGCUCAGGUGGAAACAGAGGGAGCUACUCUCAGGCUGCGAGCAGCGACAGUGCCCAGGGCUCUGAUGUGUCUCUCACAGCUUGUAAAGGUGAGAACCUGGGACAGCUGCCUUGUGUGGGACUGAGAGGCAGGAUUUCUUCACACCUUCCCUUUGUGGCUUCAAGAGCCUCUGACAUCUCCUUCUGCAAAGGCUUCGCUUGAUGAGUUGAUUAAAUAGGUCACUUUAUAAAAUCUGAGAGAGGAAAUAAAGACCUGAGAACCUUCCAG